GCAAAAAAGAUGUGCUACGCCAAUGUUACAUGUUUCCUACAGUCAUAUGAUAAGAUAUAUGUUUAACGAGCGUUUUUACUUUAUGUAAAUUGUACAGAAUAUCGUACGUGAAUGUUUCACAUAAUCUAGAGAAAGAGAGAGGAGUGGAAACAGAGAGGAAGAGCUUAUGAUAAAUAUACCAGGUUUGUCGAGUUGGCAGUUAGUUCCAGCUAUCUUUUGUGUAUAAACAGGUUUAAUAUUAACGACCAUGGCAUUACCACCGCCAUUGAAAACCUUGUUCAAAUAUAUAGAUGAACAUAAACAGGAGUACGUAGAUAACUUGAAAGAAGCGGUAGCUAUUAAGUCUGUAUCAGCAUGGCCAGAUUAUAGAGAUGAAAUAAUUAAAAUGAUGAAAUGGGCAGAAGUAAGGCUAAAGAAUCUUGGUGCAACUACAGAAUUAGCUGAUGUAGGCAAACAGGUUCUUCCUGAUGGUAAUGAAAUUCCAUUACCUCCCGUGCUACUUGGAAGUCUUGGUUCAGACCCAAAAAAGAAAACUGUGCUUCUCUAUGGACAUUUGGAUGUGCAACCUGCGUUAAAGGAAGAUGGAUGGGAUACCGAGCCUUUUAUUCUUACUGAAAAAGAUGGAAAACUUUUUGGUCGAGGUAGUACAGAUGAUAAAGGACCAGUUCUUUGUUGGAUACAUGCAUUGCAAGCUUACAAAGCAACUAGCAUCGAUAUCCCUGUUAAUAUCAAGUUUGUUUUCGAAGGAAUGGAAGAAAGUGGAAGCGAAGGUCUAGAUGAGCUUCUUUGGGCAAGGAAAGACAGCUUUCUAAAGAACAUAGAUUACAUUUGCAUAUCUGAUAACUAUUGGCUGGGUACUAAGAAACCAUGUAUUACUUAUGGUCUGCGAGGUAUCUGCUAUUUCUUCAUAGAAGUCACUUGCGCUACUAAGGAUUUGCACAGUGGUACUUUUGGUGGAUGCGUACACGAAGCUAUGGCAGAUUUGAUUUAUUUAAUGAAUACACUGGUUGAUGUUAAUGGCCACAUUUUGAUAGAUGGUAUUUAUGAUAAUGUGGCAGAAUUGACAGAAGCUGAAAUAGCUAGUUAUAAAGACAUAGAUUUUGAUGUGGAUGAAUUUAGAGAAACAGUUGGAACUAGGAAACUAGCGCAUAAGGAAGACAAAAUAAAACUCUUAAUGCAUCGUUGGAGACAACCCAGUUUGUCACUUCAUGGAAUACAAGGUGCUUUUAGUGAGUCAGGAGCGAAAACUGUAAUUCCGAGUAAAGUUAUUGGCAAAUUUUCGAUUAGAAUAGUGCCUCACAUGACCCCAGAUAAGACGACUGAAAAGGUGAUCGCGUAUAUAAAUAAGAAAUGGCAAGAAAGAGGUAGCCCAAAUAUUAUGAACGUGAGUAUGUGUCAUGGUGGCAAAACCUGGUCUGAAAAUCCGGACCAUCCGAAUUACAUAGCUGGUCGAAAAGCUACUAAACAUGUUUAUAAUGUGGAGCCUGAUCUCUCUCGUGAGGGCGGGUCAAUACCAGUUACUCUGACAUUCCAAGAAGUUACUGGUAAAAAUGUGUUGCUCUUACCAGUCGGUCAGGGUGAUGAUGGUGCGCAUUCUCAAAAUGAAAAACUGAAUGUAUACAAUUACAUCCAAGGGACAAAACUACUCGGAGCUUAUUUAUACGAGGUGGCACAUGUGUAAUAUUUCAUUGUUGGCAUUUACUUAUUUGGGACUCAAGGUGUUUGGUAUUAUCUAUUAAGGUGCUUUUAAUGUUAUUUGAUUUACAAAAAAUCAUUUUUGAAUAUUUUAUAUUUAUCUUUUUAAAGAAAAACAUUUUCUGAAAUUUAUAUUUCUAAAGAUAAUAUACAAUAUAAAAUAUAUUCUCAAUAAGAUGUGUGUACACUU